AUGUCAAUCCUCGGAAUAUUAGAAUUUGCACGACCCAAAUUAUCUCUAGAUACAAUUAAUGAUUUCAAAAAAGAUUUAUACACAGUAUUACAGAGAUAUCUAGAAAAAUUGAGGCAAUUCAUUAUUGAACUUGAAUAUAACACGGAAACACGCAUGAAUGUCACGUCUGCCUACACAAUUGAAGUUUUGAAGGAUCAGCAAGAUAAUCGAAAGCUCAUCAAUCAAUUAAGAAAAGACAACAUCUCUAGUAUAAAUUCAAAUUUGGAGGACGGACAGGAACAGGUUAAUGAAAAGAUAUUGAGUACCAAAACGAAAAUGUACAAAUCGGAGGUUAAUGUUCAAGUGACUUGCGACAGGAUUGCUUCUCUACGUUCGGCAGACCCUUCUACAGGGGCAUCGCAAUCAAACUUUCAGGAGAAUGGAGAGAAGGAUGAAGAGGAAGAUGAAGAGGAGGAUGAAGGGGAGGAUGGAGAGAAGGAUGAAGAGGAAGAUGAAGAUGAAGAUGAAGUGAAAGAUGAAGACAAUGUUACAAAUAAUAAUGCUAAUUAUGUUGCUAUGGAGAAUUAUCCAGAAAAUAAUUAUAAUCAUAACAAUGAUUUUGUUGAAGUUACCUAUGUAAAUAGAUUAGAAUUUCAGAGUCGUACUAGACGUUGGCUCUUGUCCAGUGGAACAGAUGUUUUGAAU